CGGAGGUGGAGUCACGCUUUUAUCGAUCUGUCAGCUGUUCCGGGAAUUUUCAGAGCACGGUUGGAUAGUUCGUGGGGUUAAUUUAUCGUCACUCUCUGUAAGCUCUAUGUCCUUAGUUCCCAACCGAUCAACAGGUGGAUCCAGUUUCCCUCCGAUGAGUCAGUGAAAAACCAUUUGCUAAAUUAUUUAAGGUGGGUGGAAGAGCGUGAAAGAAAUUGAAGGAUGGAGGUAAACUGUGGCAGCGGUAACGGGGAGUCGACAAUAUUUCGACGGAUAAAGCACGAGGCGAAAGAUGGACGUCCAACCAUAAACUACCGCAUCCAGCUCAUUGACGAAUCUUUGUUCGACGAGACCCUCCUCUUCAUGGGACAACAUUUCCUUGCGAACGAGAACAUAACCUCAUGCAUCGGAGUUUUGGGAGACAAAGAGGCAACUGAAGAGGCCCACGACAUUUGGAGAAAGUACUUAUCAAAAAAGGUUUCAUUAGGUGCUUUUUUGGUGGACGACAAAGGCAACCGGGGCCCUAUGAUUAGUUGCAACGUUCUUGAUGUGUCACAGAAUGGAGAAGAGGAACCUGUCUCUAUGGACAGUUUCCGGACGGAGAAGUGGCGUAAGAUAUUCAAGACGCUGGCCGCAGUGGAGGAGCAGGUGAGCGUGUUCUGGAAGUUCGAGUGUCAGGCGUACGUUCACGCUGUGGGUCUGGUCGUGGCACCCGAAUUCGAGCGACGCGGGAUCGGGUUCGAGAUGCUCGGAGCCCGAGAGGACGUCUGCCGCUUCACCAACACCCAAGUUAGCGCCACCGUCUUCACCGGAGAGGCAUCGCAACGCCUCGCCCUCCGCCACGGUUGGCAGGUCCUUUCCGAGCUGGACAUCACCACUUUUACCAUCGAUGGACAGAUCGUCUACUCCAAUCCUAAGAGUCCUGUCAUCAAGCUCAUGGCUAAAAGAUACUUCCAUUAGACCAGUGGGCGUAGGGGGCCAACGAGCUGAUUAUUUAUGUUGAUAGACUAAGCGAUGGACAAAUAAGGCAAAGAGACGAUUGACAGAUCGUCUACUCCUAAGAGUCUCGUCCUCAGUAGAGUCCCUUUAUGCUGAGAGUCAAGACAAUUCGGCUCAUGGAUGUCACAAACGGGAAUAAAGAUUACAGAAAUUGAACGUUUUUCGUAAUCUUUGAUCGGCCC